GCUGACCAAGCAUAAUGAUGGUUAUGCACCCGCAAAGUGCGCGAGGUCCGCGAGCAGUGAUAGGUAGAUGAGUAGAGCAAGUACAGCGGGUCCGGACGAAGGUGCGCGUCUGUCUCCCCUCGGAUCCUUGUCGUUGCCCGCAGGGUUUCAAACGAUCAACAUCAUACCUUCACUGCUCCAUGCCACUGAUCGCGAACGCGAGCUCAGCCCCUACGCGUACGAGCAUCUGCAGUCUACGGACGCGCAUGCGUACGAGAUUGCUUUGCGAGGUCGUCGGAGAGGUUGGCGCUUGGUUAUGAUGACGACAUUCUUAACACAGGUUUGCUCCGCCACGCCACAUCCACGAGUGCUCGCAAUGGUUGCCAAAAUCAAUCGUGACACUGAGCAAUGCGGUGACGAUGUAUAUAUUGUAUAGAAGCCGGUAGCUUUUGCUCAGUCCUUCCAAGUUCAGAUUGUACAAAAACAGAUCACGGCAAUGGCAGAAAAUGGUCAACAUCAUAGCAGUCUCAAACAGUUUCUCGCUUCCAUUGCAUCAAUAAGAGGCGAUCUUUCGAGUAUCACAGCGCCUCCCUUCCUGCUCGCAGACAAAUCUACGACCGAAUUUCCGCGGUAUUGGAUCGAACACCCAGACCUGUUCUGCGCGCCUGCAUACGAACAGACACCAGAACGCCGACUCCUGGCCGUACUGAAAUCGUUCCUGGCGUCUCUACGAGGGCAGCAGUACGCCGGCCGUGAUGGCAGCGACGGCAUCAAGAAGCCUUUGAAUGCCUUUCUAGGCGAGAUAUUCAUCGGCGAAUGCGGCAUCGGAGGCGAAGAGUGCAAGCUGAUCAGCGAGCAAGUUUCACAUCAUCCACCCGUUACAGCGUGCUAUCUCUGGAACGAGAAGCACGGCGUCCGCGCAGAGGGCUAUACCAGGCAGGAGAUCACCUUCAACGGCAAUGUUAACAUCCAGCAGAUCGGAUAUGCGAUCAUGCACCUUGACGGCUUUGACGAAGACUAUCUGCUCCCUCUACCCAGUGUGAAGGUCAGUGGCAUCUUGUCAGGCAACCCGUACCCUGAAAUACAUGGUACCUACAAUAUCGUCAGCUCAACGGGUCUCAUUGCCGAAAUCGAAUUCACCGGGAAAGGCUUCUUCGGAUUUGGUGGCCAGAAGAACUAUGCCCGAGGUACCAUCUUUCGAGCCGAUGACAUGUCGAAGAAGACUCCCCUCUUCACAGCCGAAGGCAGCUGGUCUGACACCUUGCAAUUCAAGGAUGCCAAUGGCAAAGUCAUUGACAGGUAUGAGAUUGGCGGUGUUCCCGCUUCUGAGUUCCGCACGGAGCCGUUAGACCAGCAAGAUCCUUGGGAGUCUCGGAAGGCCUGGGCCGGUGUCAUUGAGAGUAUACGUCGCGGAGAUAUGCAGGGCGUGGCUGACCAUAAGAGCGCGCUUGAAAAUGGGCAAAGGGAGCUGCGGAAGCAUGAUGACACCAGCGAAGAGAAUUGGCAGCCCUUGUUUUACCGCAACGAGACUAGCGACCCAGUUGCAGAAAAGCUGAUGGCGGUUGUUGGCCAGAAACUGCAGGCUGACAAGACAUGUGGUGUCUGGAAGUUCGACGUGACGCGUGCAAACCAGUUGGAGAGGCCUUGGCGAGGCGAUCUGACUCCGAGAGGCAAACAAUGACUGGUUGUCGAUGUAUAGUGGACUUACUGCAGGCACUCAUCAUGGCGCCCCAAUUCCCAAACACGUUACCAAGGUCUCAGCCUACCAAGAACCUGAGAGUGAAAUGCCCAGAAAUGAAGCUGUCAUAAGACACUUGGUUUUGCUGUGGCUGACGGUGGGUCGGUCUCAGCGGCACCGUGACCUCUGAAGACACUGGAGAGUCCUCCAAGAGUAGAUAGUUCUGCUCGCACUGGCUGUGGGUCCCCGAAUUGUGUUGGAACUUGUGCCAUUGGUACCUACUCAUACCUGUGUUAGACAUCCGGACAGCUUGUUGGGAGUUGCUUCUCGCUUUCGCUCUCGUACUGCAGCCAACACUUGCCGAUGGCAAACACAAUGUCAAC